ACAUCUUCGUUAUAUGAGCUUUCCUAUGGCAUAACCGUUUUAUUUCGGUCAUUUAUUUGUUAUAAAUAUUGAGUUGGGCAUCUAGUCUCCAAUGGUUCUAUGAGGCGUAGUUAUUUAUUGUUUCUAGUGGCCAAUUGCCUGGAUUCUUGCAUCUUCUAUCGUUGCACAACAUUGAUAUUAUAUUUUAGAUGGAUGUGCAUCACUUAAGUUGCGUGAAAGGGCACAGUGAGCGUAUUUGGUCAGUAUGUUGGAGUCCCGUCGAUGACAUUUUUGCAACUUGUAGCUCUGACUGCAGCGUGAAGAUAUGGCGUAUUACUCGUUCAUCUAAUUCACAUGUUAAGAAAGGUCAUUUAUGUUCAUCGUAUGAUCCGGGAUGUUGUUCUGAAUACAACAUAGAAUUAGAGGCCAGUAUUGAUAAUUAUUUCAAGAAGACUGUGCGCAGUGUUCGUUUUAGUAAUGACGGUGCUUACUUAAUAUGUGCUUCCUUUGAUGGCACUGCUACCAUUUGGUCUCGUGUUCCACAGAAAUCCGGUGGUUCUGACGUUAUAAAUUCCUGUUCAUCCAAUAUCGCCUACUUGUGGUCCUGCGUAUGCGUGCUUGAGGGUCAUGAGAAUGAGGUGAAAUGUGCUUCUUUUGAUUGUACUGGUACAUACGUUGCGACCUGUGGUCGUGAUAAGACCAUUUGGAUACACCAGCGAUCCAGUUCAACUCCUGGUGACACUAGUGAUAUAGUUCGUUCAUUAUCUGGCACUGAGGGUUCCAUUGAUUUUUAUUGUGCUGCGAUAUUGACAUCUCACAGUCAGGACGUCAAAUGCGUCAGUUGGAGUCCCACUGCAUUGUUGUUGGUCAGCGGUUCUUAUGACAACAGCAUUCGUCUUUGGGGUUUAGUGGGCCAGGAUUGGUCAUGCAUACAAACUAUUAACAUCCAUGCUUCUACUGUAUGGUCAAUUUCUUUUGAUGUUGAUGGUACUAGGUUCGCUGCGGUUUCUGCUGACCGUAGUCUUUCAUUGUUUAAGAGUUCCAAGGCUGCUGCGUAUUUGGAACAAUUGAAUGCCACUCAACGUCAAGUGUCAUGUCCUAGUGCCAUUAUGAAAUUGAGUCCUUUAGACACUCGUUUAUCUCACGAGCUGAGUUUAAGGUCUCAGGCUGUGUCAUCAUACCAGCUGAGUAAUCCUUUAAUCGCAGACGAUUGGCAACCUUUCCAGGUUAUAGAAUCAUACAGUUCACGUGCGUUGUAUUCUGUUAAUUUUUGCAAGUUUGUUAUUACCGGCGGUGGCGACAACACGGUUCGUAUAAUGUAUCCUGGUAGUAAUGCUUCUAGCCAACGCAUAGAGUUCCGCGCUCACAAUUCUGAUGUGAAUGGUGUAUGUUGGAAAACCAAUGACACUCGCAAUUUAUUUCUCUCCGUUGGCGACGACGAGUACAUAAAGUUGUGGAGUUUGGAGUGCACAUGAUGUACCUAAUGUGGUUCCAUGACUCG